CCAGUUUGAAGAACAGAUGGAUGUGGGAAGAAAUUCUCCUAGAGACCAUAGAACAAGAUCAGAGGAAUGUGUUGUCCCAGUGGCUCAUUACUGGUAUGUCAGCCAGAUCUACAAAGAUGAAAUCAGACGCAUAGAGAAAGAAACUAAAGUUAGCAUAAUGCCAACUGUUACUGUGGCAUUUAACACUGAACAUGAAGGUGGGAAUCCAAGUGAGGCUCUCUACAGGUUUGCAGAUCUCGUCCAAAAGUGUUUGUCUGAUUCCACUUCCUCAGUUAUUCCUCUGAAGUUUGUAGAUCCUAAUCGGUGGGGUGAUGCACUGAAAGUCAUUAAUAACAAUGACAGCAAGCUUUUAGUCACCAUGUCCUCUGAGGGAAUGACAGUCUGUGGGCCACAGGAUUGUCAAAAUGUUCUCAGUUCAACUUUAAAUGCAACACAGAAAUUUGACUCUCCUGAAGAGCCAGCUAGGUCAGCAAGAUCUCAAAACUUCAACGAAGAUAAAAAUGUUCUCAGUUCAACCUUGAGUGCAACACAGAAUUCCAAAUGGGCUUUGGAAGAUUCUGAACGGCCGGCUAGUUCUAAAGACAUCAGUGUUGACCUGUGCCCUAAUUCCAGCAUGAUGAUGAAAAGUCUUGGUGAUGCAGGACCGUCUAUGGAGGAGAACCAAUGGAGAAAGAAGAACGUCAGAACUUCAUUGAGGGGCAAAGAUGAGAAAAGGCACAAGGAGGACAUGGUCCUCCCUGUCAAACAAAAAAAUCCCCUUAUAAAGGCUGGAGGUGCAGCUCAAGAAAGUUGUCUUCUGCCAGUGGAUCCCUUUUGGUACAUGAGCCACAUCUAUAAGGAGGAAAUGAAAUGUAUUGAGAGGAACAAUAAAAGUAAAAUCACAGCACAGGUCCAUGUGACAUUUGAAGCUGGAAGACCCAAUGAGGCUCUCUGUGAGUUCAUAGAGCUCUAUCAGAGCUGCUUAGCUGAAUCAGGAAGCGUAAUGAUUCCCCUCAAGUUUGUAGAUCCAGAUCAGUGGAGCGAUGCACUGAAAGUCAUCAAGAAAAACAAGGAUAAGCUUUUGCUCUCUAUGUCCUCUGAUGAAGUCAUUGUCUGUGGUCCAAAGAAAGGCCAAGAUGAAUUCAGUGCAGUCCUUAAUGCAAUGCAGAAGAUAAACCAUCCCAUUGAUCAUCUUAAACCUGUAUCAGUUGGUACAUCACCCAGGAUGAGCAACGUGGCCUUGAAUGCAUCAAUUGGACAGAUUUUAGGGGAGAGAAAAGAAGGUGACGGCAAAGAUGACCAAUGCUAUAUACCGGUAUGUAUGUCCGGAUUUACUAAUAAGGAACAGCUGAAGUGUAAGCAUGCAUUCUGCAAAGGCUGCCUGCAAAGGGCAGUGCAGCACAGUGGAUCAAUCUGUCCUAUAUGCAAAGAUGUAUUUGGUGUGGUGAAGGGAAACCAACCUGAUGGAACAAUGAGUUGGAAAAAACAUAACUAUACAUCCCUCCCUGGAUUCCCAGGCUGUGGCUUCAUAGAGAUCAGCUACUAUAUCCCUGCUGGAUUACAGACGGUAAAGUACCAGCUCAUAUUGCCUAUAUUAAGAACCUAA